AGAAUGCUCUGAAGACCAUAGCCCUUUGAAUACCAUCAUGUGGGCCAUAUUACGAAUUGUAGAGGCUGUACUUCCCAAUAGGGUAACAAAAGAAGACGGUGACAGGUUGGUGACCCCUGCAGGCAAUGAGAUGGACAGCCCCGCUCUCCCAUAAUGCUGUUCGCAGCCUCGGGUCCUCACACACGUUCUGCCUGAGCUACACGUGAUUGAGAGAGAGCAGAGAUGCCUAAAUCUAAACGCGACAAGAAAGUAUCUCUGACCAAGACAGCCAAGAAGGGCCUCCAGGUGAAGCAGAACCUUAUCGAGGAGCUGCGGAAAUGUGUGGACACCUACAAGUACGUGUUUGUCCUGUCCGUGGAGAACAUGAGGAACAACAAGCUGAAGGAUGUGCGGAACGCCUGGAAACACAGCAGAUUAUUCUUUGGAAAGAACAAAGUGAUGAGUGUGGCUCUGGGGAAGGAUCCGUGCGACGAGUACAAGGAUAACCUGCACAAAUUGAGCAAGAGUCUUAAAGGAGAAGUCGGGAUCUUGUUCACCAAUCGCGAAGAGAAAGAAGUUAAAGAAUGGUUUGAUCAGUUUAAGGAAACGGACUUUGCUCGGGCCGGAAACAAGGCGACCUACGGUGUAGUUCUUGAUGAGGGGCCCCUGGAACAGUUUACACACUCGAUGGAGCCACAGUUACGACAGCUGGGCCUGCCCACUGCACUGAAGAAAGGAGUGGUGACCCUUCUGUCAGAAUAUGAGGUGUGUAAGGAGGGCGACACGCUGACCCCAGAGCAGGCACGGAUCCUGAAACUGUUUGGAUAUCAGAUGGCAGAGUUUAAGGUGUCCAUAAUGUCCAUGUGGGUGUCAGAAACCGGAGAAUUCCAGCAGUUUUUAGAGGGAGAGGAAAUGGAUGAAGGCUCAGAAUAACGGUGACUCCUUGCAGACGGCACUGGAUUUCUGGAGUGUUACAGUUUCGGCAGGGAUGAUUUUACCUCCAGCUCCUCAGCCGGUUGAGUACUAUGACUCUGAAUGUUCCAGGGGAACCGAGGCCUUACUGUGUUUUAACAGACUACAUGAACAUCUGACGAAUAUGCAAAGGCUCUAUUCAGAGUUGGGGGGCUGUACACAGUGUGUGCACCCCAAACCCUCCACCUACGCCGCUGUUUCGGAGAAUCAAUCUGUGAUCAGUGGACACUUGACGUGGUACUUGCUGCAUAUGUUAUACAGUUCUCUUCUAGGUGCUCAUAGGCUGAGAGUGGGGCAACGGCUGCUUGUCUUCUCUCAUCUAGCCCAGAGCAUCUGGCUGGAUGACAAUUGGACAUCUAUUAGCACCGCAGCAUACGGCCAUUUUUUACUCUCGUGUAUGUUUUUCCUUCCUCUGAUGGAACCUGCACCCAUUUUGGCAGAUAAUAUACAAAGAGGUGUCUCCCAAGACAGAGAACCGUCUCGCUAGCACCAGCUAUUGGAAGCGGUUCCCUAGGAGUCAAGAUCCGACUUUCCGAAAAGCCUUGGAAUUUGACAAGGGAAAAUAGCCAAGCCAGAUAUCCAUCCGUAGACAGCCAUUUCGGGGUGCUCGCCCCUCGUCAGUACAGAGUAGGAUUCUGGCUGGCUCGGUGCUAUGCUUUAAGUAGACCAGUCUUGAAAGAGAUGGUUGUCUUUCUUGGGAGAUACCUCUUUGCAUAAGGCAGGAAACAGUGAUGGCCAGUUCGCCCGCAAACACAUGCGAGCUGCCAUCUUAACUGACAAGUCCGGCGAUGCACAGGUAA